AUGGCCGAGGGGGCAGCCAAGAGAAGCGCCUCCCCCACCCGAGCCAUAUCUCCACCGCCAUUGCGCCGGAAGGUUGACUCGACGGUGACCAAGAGGUCGGCGGCAAACUUCUUCACCCCGGCCUCGCAAAAGAAGCCCGAACCGAUCACAUGGCGCGUCAUCGGCACAAGUGUUAUCAUCGGAAAGCAAAUAACGGGCAAGGCUGUCCCUCCCACGGGGAAACAGCGCCGAAUCGCUGGUUUUGAUUUGGAUUCAACCUUGAUCAGAACCAAAUCGGGCAAUGUCUUCCCCAAGUCUGCCACUGAUUGGCAAUGGUGGAAUGCCAAAGUCCCGGGUCGACUGAAGGAGCUCAAUGCUGAAGGCUUCCAAGUGGUGAUUUUCUCCAACCAAAAGAAGAUCAGUGUCCAGAAGGAUAUCAAGGGUGGACGGAGUGACUCAAAAAGUCUGUCGAACUUUAAGGAAAAGAUGACCGCUGUCAUGACGGAACUGGAUUUCCCCAUCAGCGUCUACGCGGCCACCACAGACCCUGAAUAUAGGAAACCCCGUCUCGGGAUGUGGCACGAGUUCCUGGACGACUAUGACCUCGAUGUUGCAGGUGUUGACUUGCCCGCGUCGGUCUUCGUCGGUGAUGCAGCUGGAAGGCCUGGUGAUCAUUCAGCUGUGGAUCGGGGAUUUGCUACCAACAUCGGUAUGCCAUUUAAGACCCCGGAGGAGUUCUUCCUCGGGCAGAUCACGGAGCCCGCGUCGAUGGGCUUUGACCCUAUGUCCUUCGUAAAGUCGGAUCUCGAAGAGCCGGCCAAACCCUUUACUCGCAAGCACCCACUUGAACUUGUUAUUUUCUGCGGCAGCCCAGGUGCUGGGAAGUCCACUUUCUACUGGAACCACUUGGAGCCUCUAGGCUAUGAACGAGUCAACCAAGAUAUUCUCAAGACGCGUCCGAAAUGCCUCAAGGUCGCCCGCGAGUACUUGGAGGCCAAGAAGUCCGUGGCAGUCGAUAACACCAAUGCCGACCCAGAAACGCGAGCUCACUGGACAGCUCUCGCAAAAGAGCUUAGCAUCCCCAUCCGUUGCGUACAAUUUAUCUCGACGCCAGAACUAUGCCGGCAUAACAACGCCGUUCGAGCGUCCAACAAAGAGCUGAACCCCGAAUCCCGAACUUCCCUUCCCGGCAUCGCCUUCGGCGAUUUCGCCCGCCGCUUCCGCGCACCAACGCUGGACGAGGGCUUUGAUGAUAUCAUCCCCGUCGAGUUUCAAUUCCACGGCAGCGAAGAGGCGAAGGGCCUUUGGGGCCAGUACUGGGUUUGA